AUGAGGAGGUUGGAGCGUAAAAUUAAGAAAAGACAAAGACAACGGUCAUUAUCUGUGUCGUCGGAAGAUUCACGGCCAGAUUAUACAGGUGGAGACCAUCUAGAAGAAACCCUCUAUGACGAGGUUAUUACUAUUGACAAUAACGAGUGCUCGCCUACUCAGCUCGAGACAACUGAGCCAGCCGACACCGAUGAUCCAAGCAAACCGGCGGCGCCGGCGGCGAGCGCAGAUGUACAGGAUGAUGCUACAGAGGCGCCGUUAGAACCUGAAGUUCUACAACUCCUUGGUGAAGACCUUGUGAAUCAAAAAAGUUUCGGAGAUAAUUUGCAUAAGGACAUUGCUCCUAGAUGGACGCAUAUUCUUGUUAAUGGCCUGUCUAAAGAUAACCAAUCCGAACUGUUGAAACGUUACUUACCACCAGAGAAUUGUCCAAAUCUAAGAGCACCAAAACUCAAUUUAGAAAUAAAAGCGGCUCUUCCGGACAUAAAUGUAAAAAAAGAUUUGUACAACCAAGGUAAACAAAACCAACUAGCUAGUAGUCUCGCUGCAAUUGGACAAGUCUUAAAUUGGGCCCUUGCAUCUAAAAGUACGGUUCCUCAGGAUAUAAUAAAGACUUUGAGUGACGCUGGAAGACUUAUUUGCGACAGUCAUUACAGAGAAUCACAAGCUCGCAGGUACGCUGCGCUAAAUAUUCUCAAUAAAAAUAUCAGAGAUACGGUGAAAAAUACUAAGAUAGAUGAACAACUUUUUGGAUCUGAUUUGUCAGAACAUAUCAAAUCAUCGAAAGCCAUUACCAGGACUGGAUCGGAAUUGAAACAGGCGCCACGAACUCCAUACAAGGCGCCUCCAGCUCCACAAGUGCAGAGGGGAGCUUUAAACUCGAGGGGGGCGUCGCGUGCAGCAGCGGCAGAGCCGCGGACGAACCCCGCAGCACGCCGGCCGCCGCGGGAUCGCCGCCAGGACUCGGCGCGGGGUCGCCGC